AUGCAUAAUCGAAAUGUAGAUAAUGUAACUAAUGUUAACAACAUAAUAAAAAAACUUAUAGAUAAUACCAGAAAUAAAGCUUGUAAUACAUUAGUAGAUUUUACCAGAAAUAAAGCUCAUGCUACAUUAGUAUUAUCCAAAAAACCAACUCCUGCUAAACCUCAGCAACACAAUGCUCCUGUCAAAACCCAGGUAUACAAUGCUUAUAGUUCAGUUUCUAGUGCAUCAGCUUCGUCUUCAAAAAACACACAAAGUAUUCAAAAAUCAAUGAAUAACCAAGAUCAAUCAAUUGGCGCAAUUGAAGACAAUGAACAUUUAUUUGACGAAGAAAAUGAACACUAUUUGGUGAAAAAUAAUUAUUAUGAAGAGGCAUCAGAUUAUCAUAUAGAUUCUACUAAUAAUGUUAAUGAUUUUAACACAUUUGAGGAGUUAAUGCUCAGGAGAGCUUCACAUAAUACAAUGUCUAUAGCCGAUAAUUUGGCAAGCAAGACUUCGCAUAUGGCGUUAGUGACUUCAAAAACUAUACUAAGAUCUACAAAUAAUUCUACAAAUAAGGCAAUUUUGAGAGACAUGAUUCAUCUCAAAUGA